UAGACCGCUGAUUCAUAGGUUUGUGAAACGGGGAAGGUAUGUAUAAUGUUGGUUUACAGACCCAGCGACCUGAGAACCGGUCAUCUGCUGCUUUCACUUCUGCUCCUCGCAUCCUGGGAGAUCGGGAUUUGCCAGGUCCAUUACUGGGUCCCCGAAGAGGCAAAACACGGCACCUUCGUGGGUCGCAUCGCGCAGGACCUGGGGCUGGAGCUGGCGGAGCUGGUGCCGCGCCUGUUCCGGGUGGCGUCCAAGGGCCGCGGGGACCUCCUGGAGGUAAAUCUGCAGAAUGGCAUUUUGUUUGUGAAUUCUCGGAUCGACCGCGAGGAGCUGUGCGGGCGGAGCCUGGAGUGCAGCAUCCACCUGGAGGUGGUGGUGGAGAGGCCGCUGCAGGUGUUCCACGUGGAGGUGGAGGUUAAAGAUAUUAACGACCACUCCCCGGUAUUCUCCGUCUCAGAACAAAAGCUGGCAAUACCGGAAUCUCGACUGCUUGACUCUCGAUUUCCACUAGAAGGCGCAUCUGAUGCGGAUGUUGGAGAAAACGCAAAGCUUACAUACAGACUCAGUCCAAAUGAGUUUUUCAUUCUUGAUAUUAUAAACAAAAAAGGGAAAGGCAAAUUCCCAGUACUUGUGCUACGAAAACUGCUGGAUCGUGAAGAAAAUCCUCAGCUUUUGUUGUUAUUAACGGCAACUGAUGGAGGCAAACCUGAACUUACUGGAUCUGUUUCUCUGCUGAUCCUGGUGUUGGAUGCCAAUGAUAAUGCCCCAAUAUUUGACCGAUCCAUAUAUGAAGUUAAGAUGUAUGAAAAUGCACCCAACCAAACGUUAGUAAUAUGGCUAAAUGCUUCUGACGCAGAUGAAGAAAUAAACAAGGAAUUGAUAUAUUCAUUUAGCUCCUUGGUUACACCCAGCAUAAGAAGGAAAUUUCUAAUGAAUGAAAGGACGGGAGAAAUAAGAGUAAAUGAUGCUAUUGACUUUGAAGAUAGUAACACUUAUGAAAUUCAUGUAGAUGUUACAGAUAAAGGAAACCCACCCAUGGCGGGUCACUGCACUGUCCUAGUGGAAAUCCUGGAUGAAAAUGACAAUUCACCUGAGGUGGUUGUCACUUCACUGUCUCUCCCAGUGCUAGAGGAUGCUCAGUUGGGCACUGUCAUCGCCUUGAUCAGUGUAUCUGACCGUGACUCUGGCGCCAAUGGGCAGGUGACCUGCUUACUAACACCCCAAUCCCCCUUCAAGCUGGUGUCCACCUUCAAGAAUUACUAUUCGCUGGUGCUGGACAGCGCUUUGGACCGCGAGAAGCUCUCACAGUACCAGUUGGUGGUGACAGCACGGGAUGGGGGUUCGCCUUCACUGUCGUCCACAGCCAGCGUGUCCGUGGAGGUGGCCGACGUGAACGACAACGCGCCAGAGUUCCCACAGCCCGAGCACACGGUGUUCGUGAAGGAGAACAACCCGCCCGGCUGCCACAUCUUCACGGUGUCCGCGCGGGACCUGGACGCGCAGGAGAACGCGCUGGUGUCCUACUCGCUGGUGGAGCGGCGGGUGGGCGAGCGCGCGCUGUCGAGCUACGUGUCGGUGCACGCGGAGAGCGGCAAGGUGUACGCGCUGCAGCCUCUGGACCACGAGGAGCUGGAGCUGCUGCAGUUCCAGGUGAGCGCGCGCGACGCGGGCGUGCCUCCUCUGGGCAGCAACGUGACGCUGCAGGUGUUCGUGCUGGACGAGAACGACAACGCGCCUGCGCUGCUGCCGCCUGGGGCAGGCGCUGGGGGCAGCGCGGUGAGCGAGCCGGUGUCGCGGUCGGUGGGCGCGGGCCACGUGGUGGCGAAGGUGCGCGCGGUGGACGCGGACUCGGGCUACAACGCGUGGCUGUCCUAUGAGCUGCUGCCGGCGGCGGGUGGUGCGCGCAGCCCGUUCCGCGUGGGGCUGUACACGGGCGAGAUCAGCACGACGCGCGCCCUGGACGAGGCGGACUCGCCGCGCCAGCGCCUCCUGGUGCUGGUGAAGGACCAUGGCGAGCCGGCGCUGGCGGUCACGGCCACCGUGCUGCUGUCGCUGGUGGACAGCGGCCAGGCGCCUAAGGCCUCCUUGCGAGAGUCCUCUGGCACCGCGAGCGCGAAGGCGGCGCUGGUGGAUGUGAACGUGUACCUGAUCAUCGCCAUCUGCGCGGUGUCCAGCCUGUUGGUGCUCACGCUGCUGCUGUACACGGCUCUGCGGUGCUCGGCGCCGCCCACCGAGGGCGCGUGCGGGCCGGGGAAGCCCGUGCUGGUGUGCUCCAGCGCGGUGGGCAGCUGGUCUUACUCGCAGCAGAAGCGGCAGAGGGUGUGCUCUGGGGAGGGGCCGCCCAAGACGGACCUCAUGGCCUUCAGCCCCAGCCUUCCUCCGUGUCCAGUACCAGAGGUGGAAACGGAACAGUCUAUUGGAGGAGACCACUCUACGAAGGAUGUCGUUGUUCUCCAAGAAGAGGAUUGUUUUAACAAAGAAAAUUACCAUUACUCCCAGGAUCAGAAAGAUUCUCCACCGCUCAGGAGCUUUAAAGACUACAAGCACACCCAUAUUGUUAAGAUCAUCUGGGACAUCAGGAAUAAAGACUUGGAAGAAAUAUCUCAAAAGGACUACACCUUUCUACUCGUGAAAUGUUGA